AUGGCAUCCUCCAAGACCGAACGCAGCGGCAUCGCCGUCGGCCCUAACAAGGGACAUAAAACCGAGGCGCGAGUCGUCAAGCCGAGAAUCAGUCGCUCCAAGGGCAAGAUGACCAAGCGCACCCAGUUCGUGCGCGACAUCGUCAAGGAGGUCUCCGGACUCGCCCCAUACGAGCGCCGAGUCAUCGAACUCCUUCGCAACAGCAAGGACAAGCGUGCCCGCAAGUUGGCGAAGAAGAGGGCAUGUCUCGGUACCUUUGGACGUGCGAAGGCGAAGGUUGAGGAGCUCACGAACGUUAUCGCUGAGUCGAGACGCGCUGGCCAUUAA